GGGUAAUCCUUACAAACCUGCCAUCACAUCUCGUCUGCACCGCGUUGCGAAUGCUUGCGCAUGUUUUCCCAGGAUCCUCUGACCCUGUGAGCUCACACCUUCGGAUAUAAUCGUGAUCAAUGCACCCAGUCAAUCAUAGCUCAUUCAGUCCAUGGUUCUUAAGCUCAUUUGUUUUACAUUGAAUGAUGCUUGUAGGCCGAACUGUCUACAGAACAAGAGAACGACCAGCACACCAUGUAGAUGCGUAAUGUAGCAGACCAGUGCACGCAGUGCGCACCAGAUAAGGGGACCCUCCGAUGCGCCAGCUUGGGGAGAGGGGGGCUUUAUAGACAACCUACUGCUUUCGCCGGUCGACCGAGAGCCCUCAUCAAUACUUUGUCAAUUGAAUUGCUCUAAUUAACAAUGUAUCCUAAUUGUAAAUAGAAUAGGCUGUUCUGUCUGCUGAUAGUUAUUUGAGAUGUUUAUUUAAAAUGAACAACGUUUCAGCACCAAAUCUAAAAAUGCCUCAUAACUAAACCCAAUAAGAGAAGUGUGGGGCAUCAGACGCGUGUGUGGUGCUGAUGAGCAGCAUUGUGCGGGACUGAUCAGCAGUGUGCGGGACUGUGCGGGACUGAUCAGCAGUGUGCGGGACUGAUCAGCAGUGUGCGGGACUGUGCGGGGCGGCUCAGCAGUGUGCGGGGGACUCGGUGCGGAGACGCUGUGUUUGGAAAUGCUGCCGUCACAGCUGGUCACCGGGGCGAAUGCCCUUCUCGUCGUGCUCUGUUGGACUCUACUGUGUCCGUUCGGGAGUGCCCAAAACGACACGGAACCGAUCGUCCUGGAGGGGAAGUGCCUGGUUGUGUGCGACUCCAACCCCACCGCGGACUGGAGGGGCUCCACCUCUCCGCUCGGCAUCUCGGUGCGCGCCGCCAACUCUAAGGUGGCUUUCUCUGCGGUCCGCAGCAACAAUCACGAACCCUCGGAGAUGAGCAACAAGACGAGAAUUAUAUACUUCGACCAAGUACUUGUGAAUAUUGGGAACUACUUCACGUUUGAGUCUGUUUUCUUGUCACCAAGGAAAGGGAUUUACAGUUUCAACUUUCACGUUAUAAAGGUGUACCAGAGCCAAACCAUACAGGUCAACCUGAUGUUGAACGGCAAGCCGGUCAUCUCGGCCUUCGCGGGCGAUAAGGACGUUACCCGCGAGGCGGCCACAAACGGAGUCCUGCUACUGCUAGAAAACGAGGACAAGGUGUAUCUGAAACUGGAGAAGGGCAACCUGGUCGGUGGAUGGCAGUACUCCACCUUCUCUGGCUUUCUGGUUUUCCCUCUGUAAAACAACAACAACCACAACAAACAAAACAUCAACACAUCGAAAAAAUGAAGAUCUGCUAAAGGACAUUCCCACAAUGUUUUGUCCCCCAUCCAUCGAGUUCUUUUGACGUCCCUGGGGUGACCCUGCCAGAUCAGGAGAGGAGGAGAGAGAAAGAGGGACGGACGACCACAUCUGAGAGGAAGGCAGAGCUACUCUCUGAGGUAACCCUGGACGGGUCCCUGUCAAAAUCGCUCAUGAUGGAAAAUGUAUCGUUCUUGUGUUGUACCAGCAAUCGUGAAGAGGAAAACCAAAAGCUAUUCCAACGGUAUCGUCUGAGUGACAUUGAUUUGUUGAACAUACCACAGUAGGAUUGAAUGUCUGCUAAGUCAAUUGCAUUUGAGUCCAUUCGUCCUUUUCCGAUGUAUUUUAUUACAGUUCCUCAGAGGCCAUUGGAUCAAUCAAUUUUUAUCUUUCGUUAUAUUUUCUCCACAUGGAAAUAAAAGGUAAUGCCAAUUCCCAGUGCAUCUUAGACAGACUCUCAACUUUCUCUCACCAGAGAGAAAUGAUCGCAUCCAUUGUAGUUUUUUCGGUACAAACUUAAUGAUUACAUCUUGGCUGUGAAUGGGGCAACUUUGGCCACUGCAGACAGAUGGUGUGCACAGUGUACCAAAGUGUGCUAAAUGGUAGUGAGGACAGAAGUUUGGCUGUAAAACCCAUCUUGUUCUGACUGCAUUGUGUUGUUUGCCACACGGUGCCAAGGAUGAAUAUUCUAUUUUUUACUGUUUGCAUAAUUAUGUGGUGAUGAUCCGAAUCCGAUAUUGUUUUUUUGAAGAGGAAGAUAGGUAAAAAGCAGAAGCAGUUGAUCAAUAAUGCAAUUGAUCAAAAGUCCAGCAGCACGCCAGCGAUACAAUGCUGGUUUAGCUCUUUGCCCUGUAGUUCCUGGUAAGUAUGUUACCAACCGGAGAUCUGUGGAUGGCCUUACGUCAGCACUUUCUGCUUUUGCAAUGUCCUCAGAAGUGCCCUUGACAUUUAUUUUCUUGUGAGGGUUCUCAGUGAUGUGAAAUCAACUAAUAAAAUAUGACUAAUAGUCAGCAGUCACACUUGAAUCAGACCUAUGGAAAAACAAUAGACAUAAGUUAGCUUAGUUCUGUUUAAAAGUUUCAGUUGAUAUGGGUUGUUGAGCACGAAUAUAACGAGAUGACCUUUAUACUAAAACCACAUGCCCUUAGUAAACUUUACCUUCACAAACUUUAGAAUGGUAAAUAUACAAUCAAAGUUAUAAUAAUUGUAAUAGACAAUAUUGAAUUGUAGAUAUUGAGCCCUUUCCGUUUUGUGCAAUCGGUAUUUGAUAAAACUUGAGCACACUAGCAGUCUCCCAGAACCAGGACAUGUCCGACCCAUGAUAAAACCACCACUAAAAUAUGAUAAGUAUAUCACAUGACAUCUGUAUGGCUCAACUGAGAUGAGCCAUGGAGUGAUAUUGUAUGGUUCGAUUUCGUCAGUUUUCUGGAUGAAUCUGGCUCAUGCUUGCUGCUAUUGUUUCCACAUAUUAGAGAAGAAGUUUCAUUUUUGUCUGUGGAGGACCUUAUUUGGGUUUAACUAAGGGGCCCUUUAAAGAUUACGCUGUCAAAAAUGACAGAUUCCAAUAUAUUCUGAACCCACAGAGUGGAUCUGUGGGCAGUGUGUUUUCUGUUCAUUAGUGGGAUCAAUUGAAAGGACACCUGGGAUUUAAUAUAAUGCCGCUUGAAUUGGAUAUGUCCUCUACAGAAUCCAUGGCGUUGAAUAUAAAUGUUUUGGGGUUAUGGUUAUGGUUAGGCCAAUAUUCUAUUUAGUCCAUCCUUACUUUUAACCCUGUAUUAAUGUGUGUGCGCCUUCUGGUACAGUUACAAUGUACAGUGCAAAUUACUCUGCUAAGUGCUUUUCUUGGUACUGAUCAACUUACAAGUACAGCGCUAGGUACUUUGGUUGGCACUGUUCUAGAAACUGAGGUACUAUGAUAGUAUUAUUCUAGGUCCUGUCCUGUGCAAGGUACUAUGCUUGGUGCUGUGCAAGGUAUUAUGGAAGGUUCAUUUUUUAACAUAGUGUACACUUCAUGGUAUCAAAUAAUUGAUUAUUAUAAGUAUUCAACUGAAGGGCAUUACAUUGAACUAAGCACAACUUUUUAAUAUAUAUUAAAGUUAUACCUUUUUGGUUAAUCCUGACUUCUCAUUGUCCUUCAUCUUCAUAAUUUGCAGCCACUCUAUUUGUCUCAUCUAUGAAACCCACACCACAAAAGACAAAAAUGGUCAUAGAGUUAACUUCUAAAAAUAAAGCUGUGUAAAUAUUUUUACCUGCCGAAAUUCCAUACUCCAAAGGGUGAAAUACAAUGACAGUCAUGUAAUCGUUUAUGUGCUGAACUUUAUAUAAUGUGCUGCAAACCUUUUGAAUGGAGUCUCUCAUGUCAUAUUUGAAAUGUUUCAUGCAUCUUAUGAGCUCAAAAUGAAAUGUGAACUCAUACUAACUACAUGGUGAUCACUACAUGUUGAUUUCCCCUAUCUAUGUGAUCUUUGUGACCAUCAAUAAGCGUUAUAUCAAAGUACUUAUAUACAACAGCACAUAUUGGAAUGAUGUUUACUGCGUCAUUUCCCCAAGAGAAAGCUGUCAUUAGCCGAUCAUGUGGAUAUGAUAUUAUUAUAAAUAAAAACAAUUAUCCAUGUCUAAUAUAAAAAUUAGUUUCAUGCAACUGAAGAACAAUUGAAUUGGUAGCACAUUAGUAUGAUGGCGUUAUUUAUUAUGUCGUACUUGUUGGGAAUAAAGCUGCAGACUUUGUGUUUA